AUGAUCCCAAGCUCGAGUCCCAGUUCUACACCAACCAAUGUCCCUACCAAACGAGGGGACACACCAAAACCGUCAAGCGCUCCGAUUCCAGCGCCACCAAACCGAAGCUUUUCAACUCCAAGCCCCACAAGUUCCCCAACUUCUCUCCCAAGCUGGAGUCCUAGUUCUGGACCGACAAGUGUCCCUACCAAACCAGGGGACACACCAAAACCAACAAGAGCUCCCAUACCAAAUAGAAGUUUUCCAACUCCAGUACCCCCCCCUGGUCAACUCAAGCCUAAGUGCACUGACAACUUUGGAACAAUUUGGGGUGACGUUCAUGUGAUAACGUUCGAUGGGCUCAAGUAUGACUGCCAGGGAGAGGGAGAGUUCCAAAUUCUCACUUCACUCAACGAGGGAUCUGGUUUUGAAAUCCAAGGUAGAUUUGCCCGAUUCCAUGCCACCAGGCGGAUCACGGUUACUCGUGGAAUUGUGAUUUCGACAGGAGUCUCGGGGACACCAACUGUUCAGCUUGAUCUACCAGCUCACUACGACCACAAAUGUGAUGUUGACAUGUAUGUUGACAAGAUGUACCGUCACAUCCAUGAAGGCACUGGCUUCAACACUGUCAAUGUUACCAGAGAAGCAUGGAACAAAUACUCAGUAGUGUAUCCAUGGACUGGAAUUAACUUGGAAAUUCAAGUACAAAAAUCCAGCAAGUUCGGAUGCUUCUUCAAUAUCAAGAUCUGCAUCCCCGAUGAAAUCCGCAAGUCGGAAAGCCUAGUUGGCCUUCUUGGAUCCCCCAAUGCCAACAGGUUUGAUGACUGGAUGAAAUCGGACGGAACGGUUCUACCAUUUCCAAGCACCAAGAAGACAUCAAGGUUCCAAACCGCCUAUGAUUACUGUGUUGACAACUGGUGCAUCUACCAUGAAGAAGAGUCUUUGUUUACUUACAACAAGUCACAAGAGGAGAGCUUUGACUUGUACUAUAACUGUGGUGACAAGUACAAGAAAGACAUCCAGAGCUGCGUCGAAAAACCUCCCAAGAAAUUGAUUGAUAUCUGCAAUGCUAAUGAGGAAUGUCUGAUUGAUGGAUGUGGAGGUGACGAGCAUGAUGCUGAAACCUCGCUGGUAGUCGAAGAUACGUUUGCGGAAACAAAGUGCGCCAAGGAAAUUUUCUUUGAAGAUUUUAGCGGUGACUUUGACGACUCCUGGGGACGAGCUGCAGAAACAGGUGGCACUAGGUACAUUGGUCCCAUCGGAAAAUCUGCGCCAAAGAUUCAUAAAGAAUUCGAUGUCCCCGAAAAUGCAGAGAGUUUGACCGUCGAGUUCUUGUUCUAUGAAUUUGAUGAUUGGAAUGGCGAAAGGGGAGACAAAGUGUUUGCCAGUGUUGGAGACGUCCGCGUGGACCUGGAAAGAUUUGAACAGAUGGACCCCGUUAACAACCCCAACAAUGAACAAAGUGGCAAGUUUGAAGACGUCGCCUGGUCUCGCUUUAGCAUGACCAAGUCAGAGGAUACAGUGCUCGGUGGCAGAGAAUCUGAACAAGUCCACAAGGUCCGGAUGAGAAUUCCUCCAAAUCAGUAUGCUGACGGAAUGCUUGCUUUCGAGUUUGAAGUAGAAAUGAGCGUCAGUAUGGACAAGGCUAGCGGAGGUCUAGGUAACUUCCGAAUUGUUGCACACUAUCCGUGUGACGGCGACCCGGAAGAAAAAGAUUUCAAUACCACGGAAUUAUCUCUUCCACUGAAAGGUGCUGGUUACAAAGGAUCCUGGAAAGGUGAUCCACACAUCAUGACGUUCGACGGGCUCAAGUAUGAUUGCCAGGGCACUGGCGAAUUUGUAAUUAUGAAGUCCGAAACCAGGCCUGAUUUUGAAAUCCAAGGCCGAUUUGUAAAGUUUGUUCCAGAGAGGAAACCCACUGUGACAAAGUCAGUAGUCAUCCAAGCUGGAAGCCAAGUCCCAAGAAUUCAGGUCAAUGUUCCUUCUUCGGCGAAGAAUGGCCUUUGCACGCCUUAUGCGUAUUUGAAUAAAGUGAGACGUGACAUUGCUGGACUUGAUGAAGGACAAACGUCCUUCCAAACCGAGGUCCUUGUCUCUGGUACGAGGGAGGGUCUGGUUAUCUACUUCCAUGAAUCCAAAAUUCAAGUUACCCUGUGGGCAAGGAAGUCUUCUGUCGAUGGUUGUGUUCUGGGCACUACAGUUUUCAUAGUCUAUGAUUCACCCCUGGUUAAUGACCGGUUUGUUGGCCUCCUCGGAACCCCCAAUGGUGACAAGUCAGAUGAUUGGAUGACGCAAGACUCAACCGAUGUAUCCAUCCCUACAACCCAUCGACAGCGGUUGGUUGAUGCUUACGACUACUGCGUCGACAACUGGUGCAUUAGGGACGAAGGUGAGACUCUCUUCACAUACGAUGAAGAUCUGCAUGAGAGCUUUGACGCUUUCGAAGACUGUGGAGCUGAGGGCGAUGGCGAGACCAUUGUUUACGUGGAAAAAGAACAAACAAACCCAAAAAGUGAACUAUCAAAAAUUUGUGGAGACGACUAUGCCUGUUAUGUUGAUGGCUGCACUGGAACUAAAGAAGAUGCCCAGAAGCUGAUUGAAAGUGACAAUGAAGAAGCGGACUACAUGUGUGCUGAGCAAAUUGAAUUUGAGGAUUUCGGACCCCGGCCACUACUCAGGAUGCUGGGGAACAUUACCGUUUCUCAGGAUGCCGAUGUGGUCACCCUUGAGUUCCUCUUCUAUGAGAUCGAUCAAUGGGAACUGGACGACAAGGUGCUGGUGUAUGUCAACGACAUUGUUCUGGACUUUGGCGAAUUCGCCAAAGUCCCAACUGCGUUGACAUACACCAGCACCUUGUCGUCCAGUUCCCAUUGA